AUGACAUUGAAUAUAUCAGAAGAUUUGCAGUCUCUUUUCUCGUGGAACACAAAACAGGUUUUUGUAUUUAUAGCUGCUGAAUGUGAAACUCCAAAACAUUCCUUGAAUCAGAUAUCCUUGUGGGAUGGUAUCAUUCCCUCUAAAAAGCAUGCCAAGUUUUGGAUCCACACAUCAAAUAAGUACCACUUCAUUGAUCAGGGAAGCAAUUUGUGUGGUAAAGAAUUCAACUUGACUGUGCACUGGCAUGUUAUGCCAAAGACUGGCAAAAUGUUAGCAGAUAAAAUAGUCAUGCCUGAGGAAUAUAGAUGA